CAUUAGAAUUGUGUAGAGCGGGCUAAAAUAUUGCCGAAAAUCGCUAUAAAAUUAAAUUUUCAUUCCUUUUCUACUAAGUAAUUGAAUUUAAAGUGUGUGAAAUCUUUUUGUGAAUAAAAUAUUUGUGAAAUAAUCGUCCAUAUUAGCGACAAUAAGCUAUAAUUAUUGCCGGAAAGUGGAAACAUCUUUAGAUCGAUACAGCGAAUCUUUGGAAGAAUCCUUCCUUGCAUAAAAUAUUCGUCAACAAAGAUAUGAGAUAACGUGCAAAAAUGUCAUUAGAAAGAGAUAACUUGGGCAUGAUGCCCAUUCCAACAACAGGAUCUGUGGACCCUCGAUCACAGUUAUUACAAGAGAUGCGGGAGCAGAACUUUGACAUGAUAAGAUUUGCUUCCUACAGGACAGCUUGCAAACUUCGAUAUGUCCAGAAAAAAUGCAAUUUACAUGCAAUAGAUAUUUGGAAUGUCAUAGAAGCAUUCCGGGAAAAUGCAUUAAACACACUAGAGCCCAAUGCUUGUGUUAAUGUAACGAGAUUAGAGACACUUGUGUCAUCUUUGUACCACAAUUUGAAUAAAAGAUUACCACCAGUUAAUCAAGUGUCCGUAGAAGCAUGUUCCGCUCUGCUCUUGAACUGGCUGUUGUCAGCUUAUAGUACUGGUGAAAACGUAGGAAAGAUACGCGUUUUCUCCAUCAAGGUUGCGUUGGCUACUAUGUGUGCUGGGAAACUUAUGGACAAGUUAAGAUAUAUCUUCUCCCAGUUGUCUGAUGGCAAUGGUCAUUUGCUGAUGAAGCGUUUGUCGGAUUACCUCAGGGAGGUACUGGCUCUUCCUGCUGCUGUCUACGAAUCCCCUUCCUUCAGUUAUAAUGACAGUCUGGCCUUGUCCAUAUUUAACCAGAACAACAAAGUAACUGUGAAUGAUUUCCUGGAUACACUAAUGUCGGACCCCGGCCCGCCCUGCCUCGUCUGGCUGCCUCUCUUACAUCGACUGGCGAGCGUCGAAAAUGUGGUACACCCGCUGGCCUGCAGCGUAUGCCGCCGUGGGUCCCUGACGGGUUUUCGAUACCGGUGUACGAGGUGUGCUGCGUACACGUUGUGCCAGGACUGCUUCUGGAGAGGGCAUGUCACACCCCCUCACACCAAUGAGCACGAGGUUAAGGAGUACGCAACUUAUAAAUCCCCUUCCAAGCAAAUAGGUGCGACGCUCCGUAAGUCCUUCCGUUGCGUCCCAGAGAGGGCGCGCGCUCCUUUACCGAGGUAUCCCGACCAACCCGAACGUACCCUCAACCUCAGCCAUAUUGUUCCGCCAUCCCCGGUCCCGGCACACAAUGGAUUCCCGGAAUACGGUCCGGGAUACGUCAACACAGGCUCUCUGGAUAGUCGCUCUUCGAGAUCUACACAUAGAAGUAUAGCAGAUCAUCUCUCUCGUGGCGUAGAUGAUGAACACAGGUUGAUAGCGAGGUACGCGGCCCGAUUGGCUCACGAAAAUCGGACAAUGCCUCGUGCAGGCAGAUCGGCAUCUUUAACUCCAGAAUUGGGUCGUUCAUCUUCAGAAGGUUCAGAGGUAGACGCAGCCCGGCAGCAACGUGAAUUAAUAUCACAACUCGAAGCCAAAAAUAGAGAGAUUAUGAGGGAAAUUGCCAGGCUAAGACGUCAACAAGAAGCAGAGACAUGCUCCAACACCGGUUCAGCCCCGCCCUUGGUGUCGGAGUUACGGGCUUUGAGGCAGAGGAAAGACGAGUUGGAAGGACAUCUCUCCUCUUUGCAGGAAUCCCGGAAGCAUCUCAUGCAUCAGUUGGAAGGUCUCAUGAGGAUGUUGAAGACCCAACAAUCUUCACCCAGAUCUACGCCGAAUUCGUCGCCUCGAUCGACCAAAAGUCCUCCAUUACCUGGAUCACAGCCUUCGGCGCCUCAAGAAAGAGAUUCCACACCACGUGGUACAGUCCGUAGCGCGCCGCAAACGCCAUCUCUUGGUGAAAGGGAACGAAUUGACAUGACGCAUAGCUUAGGUGGUAUGGAUAGUAUGAGCAAUGAGAAUAGAGGCUUUCAUCAAAACCAAAGACCCACCACGAUGGGCAUAGACAAUAGAAGUCUUCGUAGUGAUCUAUUGUACGCGGCCGAUUCGGUUACAAAUGCAAUGUCAACUUUAGUGAGGGAACUCAAUUCGGAGGGUUCUGACGCUGAAGAAAAUGUCAAAGGAAAUAUGGACGCUAGGAAACGGAGAGAUUUUGAGGAAGAUGAGGACAGUGAUGAACCAAUGCCGAGACCGCAGUUGCCCAGGCAUUAUAUACACGAUAACAAUGUUCAGGACACACCUCCGCCUCUACCAGCUCGCACGGGCCACUAUUACCCAAGAACAUAGCUUAAGACAUAGUAUAUCUGUAUCGUGAUAAGUUAACGGAUUUGUUAUCUUAGAUGAAAUAUUAUAUAGUUACGUAUAUCUUCAUAACUUUUAAAUUAAAAUGGAAACUGUUUGUCCCAUAUCCCAUUGGGGCAUAAGUUCUUUCCUACGAUGUCCUAAAUGUCUUACUUAAAUUGGUUUAUGAGUAAUGUAUAAUUGAGAGGUAGUUAGCGGCGAAGCAAAGACAUGUUAAGUUAAUGCAUGUUUACUUUUAACAUAUUAUUUGAUGCCCAUUUUUCGUCAAAUAUAUCAAAACGAAAUGUUAUUUAUUCA